UAUGCAGAGGAACGCGAGGAGACGCGCGAGCCUUUAACCUCACAUCUGUAAUGAUGUCAGAAAAAAGAGAUGUGGAUGGCAUGGAGAAGGGGGGCCACUCCUCGUCAUGUGGGGCCACGGUGAGCUUUCACAACAUCCACUACCGUGUGGAAUCUAGGAGUGGGAUUCUUUGCAAACGCAAGACUGUCUACAAAGAUAUCCUUGUUAACCUCAAUGGCAUCAUGAAGCCUGGACUGAAUGCUAUAAUGGGAGCAACAGGGAGUGGAAAAUCAUCGUUUCUGGAUGUGCUAGCCGCAAGGAAAGAUCCCAAAGGUCUGUCUGGGGAAGUGCUGAUUGAUGGAGCACCACAGCCUCCCAACUUUAAAUGUCUUUCCGGAUACGUAGUACAGGAUGACGUGGUUAUGGGGACGCUAACAGUGAGGGAGAAUUUGCGGUUUUCAGCGGCACUGAGGCUGCCGAUGUCAUUCAGUCAGAAGGAGAAGGAGCAGAGAGUCCAGCGACUGAUUGAAGAGCUGGGACUGACUAAAGUAGCGGAUUCACGGGUUGGCACACAGCUGAUUCGUGGUAUUUCAGGUGGUGAGCGGAAGAGGACCAACAUUGGGAUGGAGCUCAUCAUAGAUCCGUCUGUUCUCUUCUUGGACGAACCCACAACAGGACUGGAUGCUAGCACGGCUAACUCUGUACUGUCACUGCUGAAGAGGAUGUCCAAUAAUGGUCGGACCAUUAUCCUGUCCAUCCACCAGCCCCGUUACUCCAUCUACCGGCUCUUUGACUCACUGACGCUGCUGUCGGGGGGCAACAUGAUUUACCACGGUCCUGCUCAGAGUUCUCUCGACUAUUUUAGUGAGAUAGGAUACACCUGUGAACCCCAUAACAACCCUGCUGAUUUCUUCCUGGAUGUCAUCAAUGGAGUCUUUGUAGCAGAAUCUCAAGACAAAGCACAGGAUAAUAACGAGCUGGAUGCCAGGCAGGAUGUCUCUUCACGUCAGAACAUCGAGGAUCGACUGGUGGAGAAGUACAAGCAGUGGUCAAACUACAAGCAGACCGAAGAUGAGCUGGAGAAAAUCAUUCAGGGCCGUCAGGGCAUUGGGCAGCCAAAGUCUCGCACCAUUACCUACAACACAUCCUUUAGUCACCAGUUUAAAUGGGUGCUGAGGAGGACGUUCCGCAACCUCGUGCUCAAUCCUCAGACCUCAGUUGCUCAGAUUGCCGUCACCUUUUUCUUAGCUCUGGUUGCCGGUGCCAUUUUUUACGGCGUGCAGUCCAAUUUAAGCGGAAUUCAGAACAGGAUAGGUUCCCUGUUCUUCAUCACCACUAACCAGUGUUUCAGCUCGCUCUCCUCUGCUGAACUUUUCAUUACAGAACGAAAGCUUUUCCUACAUGAGUAUGUCAGCGGUUACUACAGGCUGUCGGUGUAUUUCCUGAGUAAACUGCUCUCCGAUAUUAUCACACUGCGUACUUUUCCAGCUAUCAUCUUCAGCUCUGUGGCCUACUGGUUAAUAGGGUAUAAAGCUGAUGUUGGUGCAUUUUUCUACUUUAUGCUCUCUGUUGCCAUGACCGCAUAUACAGCCACAGCGAUGACCAUGGCCAUCUCUGCUGACCAAAGCGUUGUAGCAAUCGCUAACAUCUUUAUGACUAUUAGCUUUGUGUUCAUGAUGAUUUUUUCAGGUCUACUGGUAAAUUUGACCAGUAUUGCCGACUGGCUGAGCUGGUUUAAAUACCUAAGCAUCCCUCGCUAUGGUCUUACUGCUCUCCUUGUGAAUGAGAUUGUUGGACUGCAAUUCUGUGACCCUCGUCCUCCUUCAACUAUUCAACCUGGCUUCAAUAUUACUCUGCCACCUUUAAAUAUCUGUAAAUCAGGAGAAGAAUUCCUGGAAGAGCAAGGCAUCGACUACUCUACAUGGGGAAUGUGGCAGAACAACGUGGCUCUGGCCUGCAUGUUCAUCAUAUUUAUGAGCAUUGCAUACCUGAAACUGCGCUUCAUUAAGAAAUUCACAUAGACAAACACUUAUACAUGCAUGCAGCUCUUACUUUAUGUCUGUAACCUCAUACACUGUCCAUUCGUUUAAGAGAAAACGCAACAUUUCUGUGGGGUUUCACACACUUUCAUCCAAGAUUCAUACUGCUGGAUAUUUUUUUAUAUUUAUAUUCAGGGAAACUGUUUUGUUAAGAAAAGCUAAGAAAGACACGUGUCAGUUGCUGUACAAAUCAGAUAAGAUAGCCUUAUAUUAUUCAGUGCAGAAAACAUCUAUAAUUCUUUGCUCUUGAUUUAUCUUCACUACCCCCGUCGUCUUCAUGGCACCACCUCUUUAUUAUCAGCCACACCAGUUUCAUGUUCAUUAGCACUACAUUUACAUUUACAUUUAAGUCUAUGCCUCAUGUUUGUCAAAUCAGUGCUGGAGUUCUUGAUGGGUUUAUUCUAUCUCUUUGUGGACGUCACAGAUUCUGUGAACAGCGGAACAAAGCAAACUAGAAUGGCAGUCGAUUUUCAACCAGUCAGCACAAACAGAAAGUAAAUAUAAAAAUAACAAUAUUUUGUUGUAUAACAAGUUCCUUCUUCAAAUUAUUUUAUACAAGCCCUAGUUUGUGUUGGAAUGUUGGAACUUCUUUAAAUUCAUUCUGUUCUUUAAAAGGUUAUGGAAGUGGAGAUCUACUUUGUAAUCUGCACUCCAGAAGUUUACAAAAGGGUUCAGCCAUGUUCAAAUCUGGUUAUUGAGGAGGCCAACAUGAAAACAGCUUGUUUAAAGUAGUUUUUUUUUCUUGUUCUCACAGGUUCAGGUUAUGCAUACUUGUGCCUUAGCCAUAAAUUCCAGUUUUGUGGAGUUUACAACUCUCAGAUUUUGUGAAAACCGGUUCACAGUGGUGCUUAUUUCAUUCAAUCUAUCUGUCAGUGAGUUUCAGCUCGAAAGGUUCCUGGUCCUGUCUUUUGAUGCUGCUUGUCCAUGUUUAAAAAACACUGCCAUUACUUUUGAGAUAAUUUCAUUUAAAACAAUCAUUUUUCAGUUUCUGCACCUGAUGCUUUUACAAUUCACAUAACAGUCUACCAGAAAGAAAAUUUGGAGAUGGGUGAUUAAAAACUUGUAGAAUUUGGUAGGAAUCCCUCAAUAGUUAUUUAUAGGCAUGUAGUGUGCAUGCUGUACAUGAGAGUGGGAUAGUUGCAUUUAACAGUUAAUGUUGAUGGUGUGGGACAUACCAUAAGUAACUUAUGAAUACCACAUUGUAAUAAUUUUUAUUAUUUAAGUAGCUGGUAAAAACCAAAGAAGAAGUAAAAAUUGAUCAUGUAUCUACACUCCCCAGUUUGUUUAUGUUUUCGAAUUAUUAGUUUAUUUUAGUUUGUGGUUCUCUUGUUCUAGCUUUAUUCUGUUUCAUAUAUUUGUGUUGCCACAAGUUUGAUUUUUGUAAUUUAUGCACUAUUUUGUAGACAAGUGUUCAGUUUACAUUUAAAUUUGCCUUAAUAUUAAACAAUUAUAAAGCUGUUGAUGCUCUGUUGGAUUGAAUAUGUUGUAAUAAUAUUGUAUCUGUUAAAAAUGGUGUGAACUGAACACUAAAGAAUGCAAACACAUUAAUACCUGUGAUAAAGAUGUUCACAUUUUUUGUGAUUCAGCCUUAUUAUUUAACUUCAAUAUCUGAUGUACAAUAAUUUUGUUCAUUUGUGAGGAAUUUAAUAAAAUUAUGUAAUUUUGUUAAAA